AUGGCCUCACAUACCACUGAAACAUCAGCAACAGCUCCGACAGGUGUCGCUGAUGCAGUGCUCAAGCCUUCGGACCCGGUGCCUGCUGACGCCAUCCCGGUGAAGGGACUCGACUUUGAUGCCUUCAAGGAUCGAGACAUCACAGUCGCAGAGCUAGUGGAUCACCUGAAGCAUGUUGGAUUCCAGGCUACAGCGAUUGGGCAAGCGGUCGAGAUUGUCAAUGGAAUGAAAGACUGGCGCGACCCCGAAACCAACGAGAAAACUACAAUCUUCCUCGGCUACACCUCUAACCUCAUCUCCUCCGGCCUGCGCGAGACUCUCCGCUGGCUAGUCCAACACCACCACGUCUCCGCCAUCGUGACCACCGCCGGCGGCGUUGAAGAAGACUUUAUCAAAUGCAUGGGCCAAACCUAUCUCGGAUCCUUCUCCACUCCAGGAGCCGCCUUGCGCGCAAAAGGCAUGAACCGCAUUGGAAAUCUGGUCGUGCCGAACGAUAAUUACUGCCACUUCGAGGACUGGAUCAUGCCGAUUUUGGAUACCAUGCUGGAGGAGCAGGAAGCGUCGAAGUCGAGUGAGGAGCCUCUGCACUGGACACCUAGCAAGAUCAUCGCUCGGUUGGGAAAGGAGAUCAACGACGAGAGUUCAGUCUACUACUGGGCCUACAAGAAUGAUAUCCCUGUCUUCUGCCCGGCUCUGACGGAUGGCAGUCUGGGCGAUAUGCUGUACUUCCACACCUUCAAGUCCUCACCAGCGCAACUCUGUGUCGACAUUGUCGAGGACAUACGGAAGAUCAAUACCCUCGCGGUGCGAGCGAAGCGCACGGGUAUGAUUGUACUUGGGGGCGGGGUCGUCAAGCAUCAUAUUGCGAAUGCGAAUCUGAUGCGCAAUGGAGCGGAGAGUGCGGUGUUUGUGAACACGGGGCAGGAGUUUGAUGGGAGUGAUGCCGGAGCGAGACCGGAUGAGGCGGUCAGUUGGGGCAAGAUCAAGGCUGAUGCGGCGAGUGUGAAAGUGUACGCUGAAGCUACGGUGGCUUUUCCUUUGAUCGUGGCGGCUACUUUUGCGAAGGUCAGGGAGACUGUGGGUAAGACGAGUUGA